AUGACCAUUAGCGAGCCAGAAGUAGCAGCAUCAGAGAAUUUGUCUCAUAAAAACAAAUCCCCUGCGAAGGUAGCAACAAGAGCCAGCACUGCCAAGCGCACGGUUCUUCUAGCAUUGGUUCAGUUAACGACCGUCACCUCACUUUUGGGAUCCAUUGCCCUGAAACGCUAUUUGAGCCAAGGUCCAUAUACUCCAUGGACAUGUUCUGUUUUUGGCUAUGAAUGCGACCGAGCUUAUGACGUUCCAUUUGGCGGAUAUGCUCACGAAGAUUAUGCUGCAGCCGAGCAAGCUUUCAAGCGAAACUUUUACGCAGGCGAGGAAGUAGGUGCUGCGGCUGCUGCCUAUGUUAAUGGCGAGCUAGUUUUGGACGUGCAAGGCGGGUGGCAAAACCUCGAGGAAAAAGUGCCAUAUACCGACAAAACUUUACAAAUGGUUUGGUCAAGCACGAAAGCUCUGACUUCGGUCGUAGUUGCCCAAUUCGUUGAAAAGGGCGUGCUGUCAUACGAUGAAAAGAUCGCUACAUAUUGGCCAGAGUUUGCACAAGGCAAUAAGGAGAAUGUGACACUGGGUGAUUUGCAUGUCUUCAUGUCUCCACCACCGUCUCUAAUAGAAAGUAUCCUAAAGAUGCAACAUGCUGCUGGUGUUGGAUACUUAGAGAAUGGCGUUACUGCGGCUGAAGCCGAAGAUCCCGAACGCUUCUCGCGCAUCUUGGCUGCACAACCGCAUACGUUUGCAGGUGUGCGCACACGGAGUUACCAUGCAACCAGUCGCGGAUGGUAUGUCAACGAAAUCUUGAAGCGUGUGGCUAAUUGCACGGUGAAUGAUGUGGCUGCUGAGCUCAACAACAAAUAUGGUAUCGAAUGGAACCUCAAGCCAUACCAGCAAGAGUACGAUGAACGCAUUAGUUUAUUUUAUACUGGCCCUAAGCUGUUCCAGAUCCAUCGAUUGAUUCAAGAUAUGGGUGGAUUUACGAAGUUCGUUCAAGCCAUUAUGAACCCGGACAACAAUUUUGUCAAAACAUCUCUUAGUCUCCCUGAUAAGGCGAAGGCACCGGAAUCUUUCCCCUCUCUUCGACUUCGCCGUAUUGAAGGACCGUCUUACUCGGGUCAUACGAACGCCCGGUCUAUUGCGAAGCUAGCUGCUAUGAUGGCCAAUGGAGGCAAGGCGAUUGUGGAAGGCGAACCGGACUUGUUAAACUCCACGACAUAUGCUUUGGCUACAGAACCCGUUUCUUUGGACUAUGAUCUACUAUUCAGACGAACAAUGGAAGCUGUCAAGGGUGGUUGGGGAUGUCACGACGACUUUGAAGUUGAAGGUGUCCAAUUUAUUGGCUGGCCUGGUUUAGGCGGCUCAACGUUUUUCUGGAACGAGGAGCACAAGAUUGGUUUUGGCUACCACAUGAAUUUAUUGGUAUCCAUGAAGUCACCCGAUGAUAGAAGCAUGUCCAUAUUGGGGGAAAUUAGCAACAAAGGCAACAUCAUUGGGGAAAAGAAGUUCAACGCGUCAAAAUUACAUGUACAAGAAAUGAACUCUUUACUUCGCGUUACGCCUCGUUUAAUCGCCAGACCUGUUCAGCGUGCAGCAUACACAACCGAGGCAGCUACCCCUACAAAGAAGGCCGGUGCUGUUCGUGGCGGUUUUGUUGGCUUCCUCUUGGGUGUCACCGUUGCUGGAAGCGUUGGCUACUACUACCUCUUGGAAGAAUAUAACAAUGCUUCGGGCUCUUUGUUGAGCUCAGUACAGGAACUCCAGUCGUCCACCGAGAAGGUUCGCGAAUAUGCUCGUAAAAUUGAGUCAGUCGACAAGGAUGUCUCCAAGUUGAAGGAAUUGGCUGCCACUACCAAAGAAUUGAAUGAAUUGAAGGCUGAAUUUCGAAAGCUCUACGAUACGCUUAACAUGGAGCAUCUCGAACUCAAGACCCACGUGUGGGGAUUAGGUGAAUAA